AUGCGCGGGUUCGCUGGAAUUCAGACUUCCAAGGGGGCUCUGGUCCCUCUCCAUCCCCAGCAAGAGUGUUCUGUCCUGGGACCAAAUGAACCAGGCUUCCCCCUGCGCUUGGAUCUCCUCAGUGUUCUGGGUUUGGCGUCCUCAUCCCAGCUCCAAUACAUAGACCUUCCACAAAGUCAGAUCUUUAUCCAAAGGCAAAUUACACAGUCUUCCUCCCCCCUCCCCUCCUCCUCCUCCACCUCUCUUUCUCCAGUCAUGACGGUGGCCCUGAGCCCUAGGCUGGAGCAGGCAGGGUCAAAGUCAGCCUCAGCCCAGCUGAGGAUGCCUUGGCUGGGUCGACUGGCGGUGGAGGCAAGACUGCAGCAACUUGCUAUGGAGGUGCAGGAGCGGAUCUCCAUCCGUUUAGGAGUGCUUCAGGAGGAGUUGAAGAGGAGGACCAAGGAGGUACAAGAAGCAAAAAGAGAAAGCGACAGGCUUGAGAAAGAGAAACAGGAAGUGGAGGAGCGUGCUGCGGAACUUUCUCGGCAGGUGGAUGUGUCUGUGGAGAUGUUGGCAGGCCUGAGAAAAGAACUGAUGCAAAGAGAGGAAGCACUCAGUCUAAAACAUCAAGAGUUGUGUCAGUUAGACAGGUUCGUGAGGGACACUGCGUUGAGGGAGUUCAGUGCUAAAGCUCGCCUACAGAGCUUUAUUGAGGAUCUGCUGGAGCGUGCAGAGAGAGCCGAACAGCAGCUUCAGAACCUUCACACACACGCCAGUUCACAGAACACACGCACACACACACCGCUGAUAUCUCCCAACGGCAGCACCGCAGGCUCAAAGGCAAGUGCAUAUCAGAGAAGUUAUAGCGUGUCAGGGAUGUCACGACAUCUGUACCAGCAGAGCGAUCAUCAUGUCUAUCCCCACAGCAGGAUGAGGACUCUGUCAGUGGGUUCGAUGGGGUGUGAGGGUGACUAUGAGGGACUGACUGCACCCCUGGAGGCUCAGUAUUACCACGUGCUGUGCGGGGCGGGGCGGAGGUAUCCGGAGCGGGCGCCCGAGUCUCCGCGAUGGGGCCUUCAGACCCUGGUUAGCACUGAGGGGGAAUCAGACAGCUGGUCUCUCUACACAGCCGAGUCUCUACAGGAGGAGUGGAGACAGGAGCAUAUACACAGCCCAGCGCUGUACAGGACAUACAGUAAAACAGAUGACUCUGUAAUCCACUGCCCGUCCUGUCGGCAAGGGAACGGCCAUCAUUAUCCCCGGGCGGGCGAGUCUGUCAUGUGUGUGGAGCACUUAAGGAUGAGAGCGGGGCUCUUCUGUGUGUUUUCUUAUCUGGACACACGAGCACUCCUUACAGCAGCUGAGGUGUGCAGAGACUGGAGGAGUGUUGCACGUCACCCGGCUGUGUGGACCAGGGUCACGCUGGAGAACGCACGCAUUUCAUCUAAGUUCUUAGUCACUCUGUCUCAGUGGUGUAGUCAGACCCACACUCUAGUUCUGCAGAACCUGAAACCAAGGGCACGCGGCAAAAAGGAGAGCAAAGAUGAUUACCUGAAAAACACAAGGGGCUGUCUAGAGGAGGGACUUGAGGCUGUGCUGAAGUCAGCUGGACAGAAUCUGACUUACCUCAGUGUCUCUCACUGUCCAUAUGUCCUCACCGACAGAGCUCUGUGGCUGGUCAGCUGCUACUGCCGAGCCUUACACACUCUCACGUACAGGAGCUCGUCAGACCCGGUUGGUCAGGAGGUGAUUUGGGCUUUAGGAGCAGGCUGCAGAGUUAUCAGCUCUCUGUACAUAGCACCUCUGCAACCCUGUCAGCAGCCUGGUCGCUUUAGUAACAGAUGCUUACAGACAAUAGGUCGAUGUUGGCCUAACCUACGUCAGGUGGGAGUAGGUGGGGCUGGGUGUGGUAUCCAGGGACUAACCUCACUGGUGAGGAACUGUGUGUGUUUGUGUGUGUUGGAGCUGGACCAUAUGAGUGAGAUGGGUCAGGAAGGAGCUGCCCAGCUGUGCAGAGAGGGACUGCAGCAGCUACACACACUCAUCUUUACUUCAACACCGGUCACUCCUAAAGCCAUACUGCACUUUAACAGUGUGUGUGUGAACCUCAGGUGUAUUGUGGUGCAGAUCAGUAUUGCUGAUUAUUUUGAAGAUUCUGAGAGUGAUGAAGCUAAGAAACUCUUUGAGGAAAAGGUCAACGACCUUCAGGCUUUGAGAAAGAGACCAGGCCUCUCUGAGGUCCUUCAUUUAAGAGUGGAUGGACUCUGUUAA